AUGGCCGAGUCUGCUACGUCCACUCGGUCGCAAGAUCACAACUCCGGAUCAUCCAUUGACGAUCCAACGAUCUCGACGACACUCAAGUUUGUCGUCUCGAAUCUCCGUAAUCUCGUUCCCACGCCGCUUGCCCUCGACAAUUUUCCGAUCUGGAAAUCUCAGAUCUUGAAAACUCUCCGGUUCUUGACAAAUCCCGAUGGCUCGUCUUCCACAAAUCCCGCAUUCUUGCAGUGGUCGCUUACUGAUCAAAAUCUAUCGGCCUCCAUCUGCUCAACGAUUUCGUCUUCUAUUCUUCCUUACGUCAUCUCGCUGGACUCGACGGCGAAGCUCUGGACGGCACUUGAAACUCGAUUUCAAGCCACUAACCGGUCAAAAGUGAUUCAACUCAAAAAUGCGUUACACAAUGUAUCUCUCAAAAAUCAGUCUAUGGCCGAGUACUUGUCGGAGAUCAAAGAGCUGGUCGAUCAGAUUGCUUCAGCGGGUUCUUCUCUUGAUGCCGAAGACGUUAUCCAUUACAUUUUGAAUGGACUUCCUCAACCAUAUCAGUCGUUCAAAUCUGCCAUUCGGACGUCACUUCUUCCUCUUACGCUGGAUCAGAUUUAUCCUCUUCUUAUGAGCGAGGAAAUUAACCUCCCCUCUGAUGCAGCAAAGUUCUCUGCACCCUCCGAUCCAAGCGUGGCCUUGUUCACAAAUCGCGGCCGAGGUCGACGUCCUAGAGGCAAGAACAACUAUGGUGCUACCAAUGCACCCAGAAAUAAUCCUAAUGCAGCCAUUUCUUGUCAAAUUUGCUCCAAGAAGGGUAACACGGCUCAAACGUGUUGGCAUCGUCUUGAUUUGAACUACACACCUCCU